GAGGGAAGGAGGGAGCGGCGGGGUGUCCGCUGUGGGAAGAUGUCGAGCAGGAGGAGUGUCGGGGACCCGGAGUAUUUAAUGAGGCGCAUCCCUCAGAAUCCCAGAUACCAACAUAUAAAAACCCGCCUCGAUACUGGAAACAGUUUGACAAAAUACACCGAGAAGUUGGAAGAGAUUAAAAGAAAUUACAGAUAUAAAAAGGAUGAGCUGUUUAAAAGACUGAAAGUCACUACUUUGGCCCAGUUGGUCAUCCAGGUUGCCUCCCUAUCUGAUGAAACCUUAGAAGUGACAAAUGAGGAGAUCCACAAGCUGGAAGAUGGCGAUUCUGCUGCUCCAGAUGCAGAUGCUGAAGUCACAGCAGGGACAAAUGGGAAAGGAAGCCCUGAUGGGACACCUAGUCCAGUCCUGUUCAUAAACAACACAGGAGCUGGGGAAUCCUAUCGGUCCACGCUGCAGAGUGUGAUAAGUGGCGUCGGUGAACUGGAUAUAGAAAAGGACACUCCAAAGAAAGCGGACGCUCAGGCUAAAGACAUGCCUUACCCCGACUGCCCCUUCCUGCUUUUGGACGUACGAGACCGAGAUGCGUAUGACCAAUGUCACAUUGUUGGAGCUUAUUCCUACCCUAUCGCAACGCUGUCUAGAACAAUGAAUCCAUAUACAAAUAGUAUUCUGGAAUAUAAAAAUGCACAUGGCAAAAUUAUCAUUUUGUAUGACAAUGAUGAGAGGUUAGCCAGCCAGGCUGCAACAACCAUGUGUGAGAGGGGCUUUGAGAACUUAUUUAUGUUAUCUGGAGGCCUGAAGGUCCUUGCACAGAAGAUUCCAGAAGGUCUGAUCACCGGCUCACUCCCCGUGUCCUGCCAGGUGGCAGCUUCCACUGGAUCUGCCCGAAAAAAGACAUCUCCCAAAGUGCCACCCACACCUGCUGAGAAUAAAUGGAGAUUUUCUGCAGAUGAUCUACAAAAGAUAAAGUACUACUUGGAAGAGGAGCACAUUCCUUCAGAUGCUGCCAGCCGUCUUAGCCGUGGUUCUUCAGGCCGCGAUUCCAAGGUGACAACUGUGAGGAGCAGCCCCAGUCUCCCCAGCACCGCUGGCAACGUGGGAUCCCUCACCGCUCGUUCACUCAGCAGGAGCAGCCUCCAGAACAGGCCGUGGAAAUAAGCAGCGGUGUCGUCUUCCACUGAAUAAAUGAGUGUCCAGGUUCUGGGAACCCUGAGCGGUGCAGCCCAUUUGUCGUUUUAGGAAUCCACAGAGAAAAGCAGCGGUGGUAUAGAAAUGGCAGCUUGGGUAAGGCUGGGGGAGCUGGAACGGUUGACAUUUCAUAGAAGCAGGAACGAUAUCGCUUUGGCAAGGCUGACUUUUAGGUGCGGUGUCAGGACAGAGUUGAUAUAACUGAUUUUGUAGGGGAGGGAGGAAACUGGUAGUAAAGCCUGCGAUCAGUAGAAACGGUUCUGCAAAGCUCAUAGUUCAGACAAAUGAAUUUAUGUCUGUAACGUACUCCUGCGCUGUGCCUGGAACUGCAGACACUGUGAACAGGAGAACACGCGAAGGUAAAUGGGCCAGAAAUCGUCUGUGAGCAAAAACUGUGGUGUUUUGUAGCAGAGAUACAGACAUUCAGCAACUUGCCAAAAUGUUGGAGAGAGGAUUCCGUGGUUUGGGUUUUUUUAAUUUAUGUUAAUGAAUGGAAGUAUUUGUAAUAAAGAUGUUUUUGGAAAUAAUGCCCAGCGUGGCACUGUAACCUGACAGCUGCAUUUUCUCAUGGACAGUUUGUGAAACAGUUCUGUAUUUUUAAAGGUGGGCUGGGAGGAAAAAAUAACUGUGUUUUUUCCUCUUUUUCUCCCUUAUUAUCUGGAAGGUUUGGCUUCUAACUGUGCUUUUCCUGCUCUGCUGUGGUUACAGAGAGCACUACUGUGUGGUGGUUUUGGUUCUAAAUGAGAGAGUAAGGCUGCCAGAUGUGCUGAGCAGGGUUUUAGCUGACAUGUCUUAGAGCAAAAUCAUCUGCUCUGCCCCUCCUCUUGGUGUGCAGGCAGAGUGUCUUCUUAGUUUGACUGCGCGCUGGUGGUUUGCUCCUUUUCCGACUUGCCAGAGCGGGUUGCAGGUCACUAGAGCUGCAGAAAACUACAAUGUACACGGAGGAGCCGGUCACUGACUUCCCUAAGCAUCGUACAGGCAGCUGCCAGUCAGGAGGGAGAGCGUCAUUUUGCUUCAUAAAAUGCUUUUCCGAUAUUUGGAGGCAAGCUGCGUUCUUCAGUGGAGCAGUGAAGAGCUUUGCAGUUCCAGUGCCUGAUAGAGGCUGGAAAUUUAUUCCUAGUUAUGCCCUUGCCAGUGGUUUGGUUUUUUUUUUUGAGUAGCUUCUUUAAGGUUAAGGUGGUUGAAGGGAAACUUUCUUCUGCCCUCUCACCAGGGUCCCUAAAAGCAGGGACCAUGAAUCUGGUAACUGAACAGGGCGUGAAGAUUUCAUUGAAAACAAGUAUUGCAGCUUUCAUCGAAUUGGUGUGUCCACCAUACCAAUAUUAGCUGGGUGACCUAGAAAUCAUCUGAAACUACCCAGUGACGAAGCAGAGUUGCCUACUAGAGACCAUCACAGGUGAUUACGGAGAGAUCCUGCUCUGUAGCCUUGACCUGCAGGAUUGCUCAGGUUGGUCCAGCUUUGGUUUCUUGGGCUUGUGAGGUUUUUGUGCAUGGCUUUUUGGAUUUCAGUGGGGUUUUUUCCCCCCCUUUUUGAAGUAGAAUCUUCAACAUACCCCAAAAUUCACCCGUGGUGUGGAUCAUCAGGGGAUAAUUCUGAUUAAAGGGUAAGGUGAGAGAAAUUGCACCUAAUUUCCAGUUUGGCAAUUUAAGACUCAAAAUCCCUGAGCACAUUUAUUGUGUUUAUUGUGUCUCCACGAGUCUUAAAUCAGAGGAGUGCUGAUACAGGGACUCAGUCUCACUCUGAUGACAACCGUGACCUCAGUGCUCUCCAGAGAAGAGCAAGGUGAUGAGCACAAAGCUCUGAUGCUGUGUAGGGAUCCCCCGGAGGGAGAAUAAGGGGAGAAAUCAAGAGGUGUAGAGCAGAGCCAACAUUUAAAAGGUACUGAACAAAGAGCUGAAUGCCCCCAUGUGUUCGAAUACACAUCUGUAUUUUUAUGCGUAACAAAAUCUAAAUACGGGGCUUACCUUAAAGCUCCCAACUUCCCAAGGAAACCCUUGGGUGCUUUACGUUGUACAAACCAGCUCUAAUUUGUACAAACUGUCCUUCCAACCCCUCAAAAACAGAUGAAAAAAUUAAAGAUCUUAUUUCAGCCCACCCUUAGGAAGCUGGAUGCGUCUCACCAUCUUACUAACUGCUCUGCUUUCUUACCUUCCUAUUUGAUCCUACUUCUGGAAGACUUCUUGUUGGUUUAGUUUUCGAUGUGUUUAUUUUGAAUGAAGUAGUUUGUCCUCUGGGUCAGAGCGGUUGGCUUUCCAUGGAACGGCAGCAUCGCUUCUUGAGAGAAAAGUGUUUAUUUAAGUGGUCUGAGCUCAAAGCAGGAGCCACGGGGGACCUGCUUGUCCACACUCUUCUUCACUCGCAGCCUUGGGAAGCUGACUCAGCUCUUGGGGCUUUAGUUACUGAGAGGUGAUGCUAUUUGGUGGCCUAAUGAAAUAAAUAAAAGCUAAAUAAAACGGAAAUGCCAUGUUUAGCUUUGAACAUAUAACAUGGCUCUUGCAGCUGCGUAGUCUGAUCUCGAUGUCCCGAGUCCCCUGCUCCUUCUUGUACAGCACCUCCAUUUUUAUGUCGUCGUGAAAUAAGAACAUUGAACUAAGCGGUAUCUCCUGUGCGAUUCAGUUGGUAGCUUGCCUAGGCUGGUUGCCUGAAAAAUGAUACUACCUGAUUGAUUUAGCUGAAUGCACGCAGGAGAGGUGAGAGCCAAGAGCCAUUUAUUACGUGCUUGAAAGACACGGACCAGUGCGGCACACAGGGUCCCACGGGUGUGCGAGUGGGAGAUCUCUCAGCUCCACAAGCCCUUGGAAGCGUAUAAAAUGCAUCUAUCUGAAAAUGGGGAUGAGAGCAGUGGUCAUUGUGUUGGCUUAAAGUCCUGAUUUUGGGAGACAGAUCCAAAAUCCCUGGCCCCUGUGGGCUGCGUGAAAACCUCCUUCUGAAACGGACGGAAAAAACUAAUCUGAGCUGUUUAAGAUCUUCCAAAUCCAGGAUGUCAAAGGAAGAGCUGAAUGUACUUUCCCAUUGUCUUGAUGGAUUUUGUAUGUUUUUGGACUCUUGACUUAGUAUUAUUUGGAGGACAGAGUCAAAGUCUAUGUAGUCGGGGAGUUUUAAUUUGUUUAAUAAAAAGUAAAUGAC